AUGCCCACUGGCAGCCCCUCCGCCGAGAUCGUCAUGCCCGACGGCGUCGGCGACGGCCCGAGCGGCAGCAACCCACCUCCACCCCCACCCCCGCCGCUGCCGCUGCCACCGCCAGCGCUCACACUGAUCCCAGGGCUCCCCUCGUCCGUCGCGGUCGCGGUCCCAGUCCCAGGCGUCAAAACUUCCACGUCCAGCCGCUCGCGGCGCAUCUGCUCCUCGAGCCUCACCACCUUCGUCUCCUCUCGCGUCAGCGACGAGUCGAACGCCGUCCGCGGGCCCCACGCGGGCCCCUCCGCCUCCUGCGCAUGCGCAUGCGGGUGCGGGUGCUGGCCCAGACGCGGACUGAUCUCCUCCGGCGCGGGGCCGAAGCACAUCCCCGCCGCGCUCCGCAGCGCCGUCUUCCCCCACGACGGAUUCCGGCUAUGCUGCCCCUGUCCCUGUCCCUGCCCUGGUCCACCCAUCCCGUUCCCGCUCGCGCUCCCGUUCCCAGUGCGCGCGUCCGACUUGGUCGACACCGUCCGCCCGAGCGAGUUCGAAUGCGCAUGCGACUGCGACCGAUUCCGCGAAGGCAGGCGCGGCAGAGACAUCGACGACAGCGUCGCGAGCCCCCCGCCUCCACCUCCACCACCACUGGCAGCACGCGAGCCCGGCGACGUCGGCGCGUUCACCCGCGGCGCGACCGUCUGGUUCCCCAAGAACGUGCGCUCUGCCAAAAAGUCCAUGUUGCCGCCGCCGGCGUGGCCGCUGUGGCCGAAGCCGCUGCCACACGGCGCGCACGCGCUUGUUCUGGAACGAACGCGCGGCCUGCAUCUGCCACGCGCGGCGCUCGCGCUCGAGGUUCUCGCCCGCCUCGAGCACCCUGCGUUCGCCAACAACAAAGAAACGAAAUAA